AUGUCGCGCAAGAAGCGUGCAUCUGCUUACACGCCGCCGACGAACCUCUCCGCCUUCCGCGACGCCGAGCGGUACUGGAAGAGCCGCACUUCUCCUCCCGACCUCUCGCUCGCUUUUGACCCGGCUCAGGUGCGGUGGGAUGCUGAGGCGAACGCAGAUGGAAGGCUGAGGGGCGUGUGGACAGCUGGAGACGGCCACGAGGAAGUCUGCUGGCGGGUCGAGCUGCAUGAGCUCGCAGAGACGGCGAUGGGACAGUCUCGCUGGAAGGGCAAGGACCGCGAGCAGGAGGGCGACUAUGCGAUCGUUAUUCCGCGCAUUCCAGGACUCGUCUUCUUCCCUCGCAUCCUCCCCGAAUCCCUGCAACGCUCGCUCGUCGUCGAGACCCUCACGCACGCUCGCUCGCCGAACCUGACGUCUCUCGAACCGCAUUACCACCUGCCGGCAGAAGGGCUGUGGACGAGAUUGUUGGCGGGAAAUGGAGAGGAAGCUGUUCGGCGGAAGAAUGGCGGUUUGAACGGCGCUAUAAGCGACGGUAUCGCCUCUACAGCGCCGUGUCUUGAGUGCUCCAGUCCGCAAGGCGGCAGGGAGUCGAAGCAGGCGGUACAUAUUGGCGAGCGCGACGUGACUGUACGGGACCUCAUCAUGAAGCUUCGCUGGUCCAACGUGGGCUGGCACUACAACUGGACCACCAAGCUUUACGAGUUCGAGCGAGGCCACGUCCCGCUCCCGCCGCUCAUCUACCAGUGUUGUCGCGGACUCGCUCGCCAGGCGCCAUGGCGCCAAGUGGACGGCUUAAAGAAGGAUGUGGGAGGCGACCAGUCUCGUGCGGCGACGCCUGCGGGUCAGAUGCGGGACUGGCGGAGCUGGAAGGACGCAUACGAACCGGACGCUGGAAUCGUUAACUUCUACCAGCUUAAAGACUCGCUCACCUCGCACAUCGACCUCUCGGAAGUCGAUGCUGUCUCGCCGCUCGUUUCGCUGUCCCUCGGCCACUCAUCCAUCUUCCUCGUCGGCGGUACGACUCGCGACGUCCCUCCCCUUCCCAUCCUCCUCCGUUCCGGCGACGGGCUAAUCAUGUCCGGCGAAGGCCGCCGAGUCUACCACGCCCUCCCUCGCGUCCUCGAUGGAACCCUCCCCGGCUAUCUUCUCGCUUCGCAAUUCGACGCUGUCGAAGGCGCGGAGAGCUGGGCGCCGUAUGGCGAGUACCUCGAGCGUGGAGCGCGGAUCAACGUGAAUGUUAGGAGCGUAUUUUAG